CCCUCCGUACCACGGCACCUUCUUCAUCCAAACACGAAUUCGAGAAAGAGCGCAGAGAGUCUCAAUGGCAUUGCCGAACCAGCAGACCGUUGAUUACCCGAGCUUCAAGCUAGUGCUCGUCGGCGAUGGCGGCACAGGCAAAACGACGUUUGUGAAGAGGCAUCGUACCGGCGAGUUUGAGAAGAGAUAUGAGCCAACGAUUGGGGUGGAGGUCCAUCCACUUGAUUUCUUCACCAACUGUGGCAAAAUCCGGUUCUAUUGCUGGGACACUGCUGGACAGGAGAACUUCGGUGGCCUCAGAGAUGGAUACUAUAUCAAUGGCCAAUGUGCAAUCAUAAUGUUCGAUGUCACUGCUCGGUUGACUUAUAGGAACGUUCCCACGUGGCAUCACGAUCUUUGCCGGGUCUGUGAGGAUAUUCCUAUUGUUCUUUGUGGGAACAAGGUGGAUGUGAAGAACAGGCAGGUGAAGUCCAAGCAGGUCACAUUCCACAGGAAGAAGAACUUGCAGUACUAUGAGAUCUCAGCAAAGAGCAACUACAACUUUGAGAAGCCUUUCCUCUAUCUCGCCAAAAAACUUGCUGGGGAUCCUAAUCUGCAUUUCGUCGAGAGCCCUGCCUUGCAGCCUCCAGAGGUCCACAUCGAUUUGGCUGCACAGCAACGGAUUGAAGCUGAGCUUCUUGCUGCUGCCAAUCAACCAAUUGCGUAUGACGACGAGGAUGAUAUCUUUGACUGAAAAGAAGGCGCCGAUAGUGUAAAGCCGGAGUAGAAGAUUUUGAACUUGAGGAUGAUUUUGUAGGAUUAUGUCUAACGCGGCGUUAAGUAGAUAGAAAUAUUCGUGUCGUGUGCCAUGAAGGCUUAUUGUAGCAAGGUAGUUGACGUUGGUAUCGUUUGAAAGGAAAAUUCUAUCUGAUUUUGGUGGAUUUCUACAUUUUCUUAGUAUUAUGUAUUCUUAUUACGAAUAAAAUAUCAAACUCGCUAUAAUAAGCAUUGGUAUUAUGUAUCGAUGUACUAGCACUUGACUUUUUAUGUUUUCUCAUCAAUAAUAGCUGUUAUUCUUCAUCAUCGUAUCAAUCGCAUGCAUCGUCGCUUAGAUUUGAUGGCGUGUGUUGGGUCAACGAUGUCUUGCAGAUAUGUGAUCUCUUUUGGUAAACAGUUCUAAUAUGUUUUGCUCAAAUGGAACAGCAGCGGCGUGAUGAGAUGAAAUCAAUGUUGUUUGGGCUGUCCUUUUGAUUGAGAUGUCGGUGUGGCUUUAUGUUAAUUUGGUUGUUUUGUUAAUACUUAGCGACUUCUGCUUGUUGAGAAAAAAAGGGACGAGGUUGAU